UCGCCAGAUCGAGAAGGUGGCCUGGUCCGGAGCCCUGCAAUGUAGCGCUGAUCGCUCAUCAGUGGGGAAGAAUCGCGGCGCAACAUCCUCGUUCACAUGAUAACGAAUCAGCCAGUCUCUUUCGCCUCUCCCCUGACCCCAAGUCCAAACGCAAACAGAAACCCUUUUCCAAGGAACGUUAAAUCUUUAAAAGGACGUCUGUCUGUCUCCGGACCUCGACUUGGAAAAAUGGAUGUACUACAGCAGCUUCCGUCAACAUGGCAUCUAUUCGCUCUUUAACCGCCGGCUCGCUGACCGUGCUGAGUCUAGCACAGGCCGUCCUCGGCGGCGCUCCCAAAACAUGCGCCAGCACGACGGAGCUAUCGUGUCAUAACUCGACCACGGUAGCCGACUUGUGCUGCUUCAACUACCCCGGUGGUUCGCUCUUACAGACGCAAUUCUGGGACACAAACCCGGCCGUCGGACCGGAUGACUCGUGGACGAUCCACGGUCUCUGGCCCGACCACUGCGACGGCACGUACGAUGCAACAUGUGACAAGAGCCGCGCCUACACCAACAUCUCCGACAUCCUCAAGUCGUCCGGCGACAACGAUCUCCUAACAUACAUGGAGACGUACUGGCUGCCAAAUGACGGCACAGGGGAGACGUUCUGGGAGCACGAAUGGGGAAAGCACGGAACCUGCGUAUCGACGCUCGAGCCAAAGUGUUUCACAAACUACCAAGCGACGGAGGAAGUGCACUACUACUUCAACACAACAGUCAGCCUAUUCAAGUCGCUACCAACCUACAAAUGGCUCGCCGACGCCGGCAUAACGCCCAGCUCAAGCAAGACAUACAAGCUGUCUGACAUCCAAGCCGCACUCUCCAAGAACCACAACGGGGAAACCGUGUACAUCGGGUGUUCCAGCAACGCCAUCGAGCAAGUAUACUACUACUUCAACACCUACGGCUCAGUCGCCAACGGGCAAUUCGUCCCCACCAGCCCAGACAACAGUGGCUCUGGCGGGUGUCCCAGCACAGGGGUCAAGUACCUGCCCAAGAACGGUGGGGGUUCAACGCCCACAACCACAACAUCUCCCCCCACGUCCACAACAACAACAGGUGGUUCCUCGCCCACCGCGACCGGAACGUUUUCCGGGAAGGGCACACUGAACGCCGUAACCGGGGGCUCGACAAAAGGCUGCAUAAUCAGCAGCGGGAAAUGGUACACGACAGGGACCUGCGCGACCUUCACGGCGACUUCGUCAGGUAGCGGGUUCACGCUUAAAUCCAGCAAGGGGUACUGCACCGUAUCCGGGGGCUCUUUAACGUGCUCUGCAUCGACGACGAGCGCGGCGGCAAACGUGUUUGCCGCGGACGGGUCGAGCUUGGCGAAUACGGCCGGCAACGACUGGUACGCCGAUUCCGUGCCCAGUGGGUCGACGCAGGGCACCGUGUACUCCGCGAAGGGCUCGCACGGAACGACGCUGCAGAUACAGUGGGUGGCUGCAUAAGCCCGGUAACCU